AAACAUAAGGACCGGUCUUAGCUUCUUCCUCACCAGACCUCACUGUACAUUUCUUCAUCAUCAUGUCUGUUUUCCUGUUUCUAGGGCUUUCUCUAUUCUUCUUCUUCUUCUUCUAUGUCUUCCUCUCCCUCGCUCAACAGAACAUCAGCAAGAGAACACCAUCCACCUCUGCUCGUCAUAUCACCCAUUGCCCUCCUUCUCAUCCCAUCAUAGGAUGUCUCCUCUCCUUCUACCGCAACCGUUCCCGCCUUCUCGACUGGUACACCGACCUCCUCUCCCAAUCCCCUACCCACACCAUUGUCAUUCGCCGCCUCGGCGCCUGCCGUACCGUCGUCACUGCCAACCCUGGCAACGUCGAGCACGUCCUCAAGGCCAACUUCCACAACUACCCCAAGGGUGUCCCCUUCACCAGCAUUCUCGGCGAUUUCCUCGGCUGCGGCAUCUUCAACGUCGAUGGCCCUCUCUGGACCGCCCAGCGCAAGCUCGCCUGCCACGAGUUCACCACCAAUACACUGAGGGACUUCGUCGUACGGACGCUCAAAGCCGAAGUUGAGAGCCGGCUCUUGCCGCUUCUCGAAGACUAUGCCGAUACUGAUCGGACCCUGGACCUUCAAGAGUUGCUCAGGAGGUUCGCUUUCGACACUGUGUGUCAAGUUUCUUUAGGCACCGACCCGGAUUGCCUCGACCUCUCGCGCCCGUUGCCUCCUCUGGUGACUGCCUUCGAUGACGCGUCGAGGAUAUGUGCAAUGAGGGCCACCUCCCCAGUUUACCUAGUUUGGAAGAUCAAGAGGGCGUUGAACAUUGGGUCCGAAAAGAAGCUAGCCGAAGCUGUCAAGCUCGUGCAUGGGGAUAUACUCGAUAUAAUCCGGACCAGGAAGAAGAAGCUGCUACAGGAUAACGAUGAUCAGCAUAUAAAAUACGACGGCGACCUCUUGUCGAGGUUUCUCGCGGCCGGGCACAGUGAGGAGAUGGUAAGGGACAUGGUAAUAAGCUUCGUGAUGGCCGGAAGAGACACCACAUCAGCAGCGAUGACCUGGCUCUUCUGGCUGCUCGCUCAGAACUCUAAUGCCGAGCAAGCGAUCAUGAGCGAAGUUGACACAAUUCUUGACCGGAGCAAUAACAAGUGCUUGGACUUCGAAGCGUUGAAGGAGAUGAGGUUCCUUAAGGCAUGCCUCUGUGAAUCGAUGCGGCUGUACCCGCCCGUUGCGUGGGACUCGAAACACGCCGCGGCGGAUGACGUGUUGCCGGACGGGACCCCAGUGAGGAAGGGCGACAGAGUGACGUACUUCCCCUACGGGAUGGGGAGGAUGGAGGAGCUGUGGGGGAAGGAUCGGCUCGAGUUCAAACCGGACCGGUGGCUGGUUGGACCGGGGGUGGAAGGCGGCGCCGAGGGGGAGUUGAGGGGGGUGAGUCCGUACAAGUACCCGGUAUUUCAGGCCGGGCCGAGGGUGUGCCUUGGGAAGGAGAUGGCCUUCAUCCAGAUGAAGUACGUAGUGGCGUCGACCUUGAGGAGGUUCGAGAUCAGGCCGGUUCUCGAGAACCGGCCCGUCUUCGUGCCUCUGCUGACUGCCCAUAUGGCGGGGGGGCUGAAGGUUGUGGUCAAGAAAAGGAGCUAAAUCUGAAGCUGCCAGGUUUGUUGUUACAACGAAAUGAGUUGGGGAGUAUAAAAGGCCUUGUCAUAACAUCCCCUUGGGCAUAUGUAAUAUGUACAUCCGCACAAUUAACAUGCCUAGCCGGGAAAGGCAUAAAUUAAUGGACGGUUGGAAUGUAUGUCGUGAGGGGGACACGGUACAGAUCAGUCGGAGUCCUUUUCGUGCGAAUACGAGGAUUGAGUAAUUGUAGCUUCAGGAUGUUGAUUUGAUAUGCAAAGCGCACGUGCACAAUGCGUCCAAGAACAUCACCAAAUUCCGGCUGGCCACAACGUUCAUUCCCACGGGUCUUUACUCCACGUGUUGAAUGCCAACAUGCAACAGUGAAUCAAUUAAUGAAUCUUCAGAUGCAAUGCGGGUAUUUCAAAGCA